AUGCACUAUUUCAGACACGUUUUCAUUUUUUUCAUCAUACGAUGGUUCGUCAGCUGUGAAACGGAAGGGGUAAGAGCACGGAAAAUGUCUGGCGUACUCUGUACUUUCAAAGAGAAGACAUACAGUCCAGGAGAUAGCUGGCAUCCCUAUUUGGAACCUUUUGGAUUCAUGUUCUGCAUGCGCUGCGCUUGCACUGAAUCAGGUCAUGUGAAAUGUAACACCAUAAAGUGCCCAGUGCUGCGAUGUGAAAAUCCAGUGACAGACUCGCAGCAGUGCUGCCCUCGUUGUGCAGAUGAGUACAGAACCCCCGCUGGUUUGAGGGCGCCAGUGAAGACGUGUAAAUAUAAUGGGAGCAUAUACCAAACAGGGGAGACCUUUGCCAACCACGAGCUCUUCCCAUCCAGACAAGAAAAUCAGUGUGUGAUGUGCACUUGCUCUAACGGAAACAUUUUCUGUGCCUUGAAAACCUGUCAGAAGAUUACGUGCUCUUCACCAGUUUCCGUUCCAGACACUUGCUGCUUGGCAUGUAGAGAAGGUUCCAUUGAUUUAAACUUGGCAUCGCUUGGGGAUGGAGGACAACAGUUAAACCGAGGGGUUAGGCAUUCUCUGGACCACUGUGCUGGAGAGCAGCUAAGGGGACGGCCAGUCCGUGCAACACCGUCUACUAUGAGGGGCUCAUCGCGAAGUUUGAAUCUACAGACGCUUCACCUCAAUGGAGCUGCAGAGACUACAGUGAAGAUUCUUUUGCAGCGUAAACACCAAAGAGCUUGUCUGUAUGGUGGUAGGACCUAUUCUCACGGCGACGUGUGGCACCCAGUUCUGGGCAAAGUUCUGGAGUGCAUCUUCUGCACCUGCAGAGACGGGCUACAGGAGUGUCGGCGCAUCAAAUGUCCCAGCGAGUAUCCUUGUCAGCACCCGGUGAAAGUAGAGGGGAAGUGCUGUAAGAUAUGUCCAGAGCUUAAAGCCGAGAGCAACAGAACAGAGUGCUACCUGGGACAAGACAACAACAGCCUCUUGGUUUAUAAAGUUGAGCCACCGUCAACAGAGCACUCUGAAGAUAAAGUAAGAAUGAUUGCCAUUGAAAGACAAGGAGCAGCAAAAGUCGAGUUUCAGAUUUGGAAGACAGUUGGAGGAGUUUUACAUCUGAUGGAGUCAGGAGACAUACAGAAAAAAGACCUCAUGGAGAAUCCUGAGAAUUAUAUUCUACUCACUACACUAGACGAGGAAACUUGGAAGAAGUUCAAAGAGGAGGAGGAGGAUAAGCAAAAGGAAUUUACCAAGAGCAGAAGCUGUGAAGAUGGUAUAAAGGAGGUAGUGAAGUACUUAAACCCUGAACAGCUGGAUAGUCUUUGCCCCUCUUAA